CAGGGACCGCCCUCUGGAUGAAGCGGAGCCAUUUACCACAGCAAUGUUGUCAGCCCAAUCCACGGCUGGGGUAAUGCACAUUGCACACUCCUUGUGUAAAUCCAUCACGGGACAGAAAAAAACAGCGCGAGUACUACGCGCACGGAACUAUGGCAUCACCGACUGACGUCUCUUCGGUACAGCCUCGCGGACCCCAGGUAAAUGCGCAUAUGGGAAUUUAAAGCAAAACCGAAUUAGUAUUUUUUUGCAACGCAAACGUGAUCCAUCCGAUAAUGAUUUUCUAGAAGGGACCGAUCACCGUUUGGUUAUCACGCAUCGGACUGAUAACCCGAUUCAUCUCUAAUGUGUUUAUGAAUGCGGCGCAGUGGAGCUCGGCUGUAAAGCUAAAUCAAUCACUUGACGGCUCCACGAAAUCGGAAUAAAAACAUCUGUGAUUCAUAUAGGAACCAGCUGAACCAGCUCUAUAGAAUAAGAGCAUCCUUCCGCCAGUGUGCAUUAUCAUCAUCAUCAUCGCGCCCUGCAGCUCCAUCGCAAGAGGGAGGAUCCGCAGAGGAGCUCUCUGGGCAACACUACACGCACAUUCAGAGGAUGCUUUGGAUGUAAAAAUAAAUAAGGAUGGGGAAAGAUCAGGAAUUACUUCAAGCGGUGAAGACCGAGGACCUCAUGACGGUGCAGAAGCUCCUGCAGAGGCCCAAGCCUGGGAAAGCAAAGUUGCUGGGCUCUGCCAAAAAGGUGAACGUCAACUUCCAGGACACUGAUGGAUUUUCACCGUUGCAUCACGCAGCCCUCAAUGGGAAUGUGGAGGUUAUAUCACUGCUGCUGGAGUCUCAGGCCAUAGUGGACAUCAGAGACCAGAAAGGGAUGCGACCUCUGCAUUACGCAGCAUGGCAGGGAAAGUCCGAACCCAUGAAGCUGCUGCUGAAGUCAGGCUCUUCAGUGAACGGUCAGUCUGAUGAGGGUCAGAUCCCUCUGCACCUGGCUGCUCAGCACGGACACUAUGACGUGUCUGAGAUGCUUCUGCAGCAUCAGUCGAACCCCUGCAUAGUUGACAAUGCUGGGAAAACUCCAUUGGACCUGGCUUGUGAAUUUGGCCGUGUUGGGGUGGUCCAGCUGCUCCUGAGCAGUAACAUGUGUGCAGCUCUGUUGGAGCCCAAGCCCGGAGACUCCACUGAUCCAAACGGCACCAGCCCGUUGCACCUCGCUGCCAAGAACGGGCACAUCGACAUCAUCAGAUUACUGAUUCAGGCUGGCAUCGACAUCAACAGGCAGACUAAAGCAGGCACUGCCCUGCAUGAAGCGGCUCUGUGUGGGAAGACUGAUGUGGUGCGCCUCCUGCUGGAUAGUGGCAUCAAUGCAGCUGUGAGAAACACGUACAGCCAGACAGCUCUGGACAUCGUCUACCAGUUCACUGCCACCCAGGCCAGUCGAGAGAUCAAACAGAUGCUCCGAGGUGAGAGAGAUGCCUCAGCAGCCUUGCAGGUCAGGGCUUUGAAGGACUACUGCAACAAUUACGACCUGACUAGCCUUAACAUAAAGGCUGGAGAUGUUAUUACGGUGCUGGAGCAACAUCCCGACGGAAGGUGGAAGGGCUGCAUCCAUGACAACCGCACCGGAAAUGACAGAGUGGGCUGCUUUCCCUCCAGCAUUGUGGAGGUGAUCAGUAAGAGGCCCGGGGCAGCGGGUAAGAGAGGACAGCAGGCGGGUUCAUGGAGUUCAGUCACAUGUACCCAACAGUAUCAAAAGAUACAGCUCUGUGCGCCGGUGUGCGGCCCUGUGUCGCCCGCCGUUGCCAUGGUGAAUGGGGACUCGUAUCAUGAGAUUCAUAUCCUGCCGCCUCCUCCACCUCCGCCACCACAUUCCCAUCUGCCACUUUUUACUUCCUUUGGCUAUAACAGGUCCCCAAAUACCUCAGGAGAGCCACACAGUGGACAAGAUGCCAACAAUGACCCAGAUUUUACUAGUUCUCGCGGCUCAGACUCCAGUCCUCACGGCUCACCCACCCCAGCCGGUGGUCCCCAAGGCGGCAGCAGCGAGGAAAUAUGGGUGCUGCGCAAACCUGUGGCAGGUGGUGACCGCAGUAGUGUGGGCAGCUCAGGCAGUGUGGCCAGUGCCCGGUCCUCCGGCAGCGGACAGAGCGCAGGCAGCAGCACUAUUCUCCAUGCACAGGCAGAGGGAGUCAAGCUUCUGGCCACAGUUUUGUCCCAGUCUGCCAAAGCUAAAGAACACCUGCUGGAGCAGACCAAGUCUCUGGAACAUCCUCCAGCCUCUACCAACAAAGGACCCUCCUCACGUAGUCAGAGUUUGUCAAGCUGUCCGCUUCACGAGCAGCCGUAUGGAGAGGCGGCGUCCCAGAGGAAAGGGGAGGCGCAGUCCGAGGGGAAGAACUCAGAGGCUGUUAUCCAAUGGUUGAGUGAAUUUCAACUGCAGGUCUACGCUCCAAACUUCAUCAGCGCUGGCUAUGACAUUCCUACCAUUAGCCGAAUGACCCCAGAGGAUUUAACAGCCAUUGGAGUGACUAAACCAGGACAUCGAAAGAAGAUAAGUUCAGAGAUAAACAAACUUAGCAUCAAUGAGUGGCUGCCUGAGCAAAAACCGGCAAAUCUUGGAGAGUGGUUAGCAAUGAUUGGUCUGAGCCAGUACCAUCAAGUGCUAGUCCAAAAUGGAUACGAGAACAUUGACUUUAUCACUGACAUCACAUGGGAGGACCUGCAGGAAAUUGGAAUUACAAAGCUUGGACACCAAAAGAAGCUUAUGCUGGCAGUGAAAAAACUUGCAGAGAUCCAGAAGGCCUCAGAGGGUCGCAACACGUUGCACAAAAAGUCACCAGCUGCUCAAGAGGUGAUGGUCAUUGAGAGUCCACCCCAUGACAGCGGCGAGUGUAUGUCUCCUAAAAUGAGCACGUUCCAGGACAGUGAACUGAGUGGAGAGUUACAAGCCGCUCUUACUCGCCCUGCUGAUUUGCAAGAUGGCCCAGAGGUCAGAACCAACAGCGCCCCGAGUGCACAGCAGCGUGCCCGCAGUCUGCAUGAGAACAGCAUAAACAAGAGCAGAGACUCAGAGGAGCAUAGCGGGCCACCCAGAAAAGAGGCACGUACCAUGCGUCAGAGCAGCCAAGGGGGCCAAAGAAAUGUCUCAUCAGCGCAACCGAAACCCCGCCAGUCUUAUCCCCAAGGUUCAGUACCACCCUAUACCCCACCGCAAACCCCCACCAAAACAAAACCCCCCACUUCACAGACUGUUGCUACCACACAGGGUAAACCAAAACCUGGUCCACAGGUGCUCCAGCAGACAGAAAAGACAUCAUCCCGUUCUCACCCACAAUCCUCCAAUCAAAGGUCCCACCAAUCUGCCCAGCUGGUGGGAACUGUAGAGGCCACACCCCCAGGACCUGUCUCAGUGCCACUCCUGUGCCUGCCACCAGAGGGCGAUGAAGCUUGUGAUGAGCAUGGGCAGCCAAAAAAACGUGCCCAUAGUUUGAAUCGCCACGCUGUGUCCGAUGGUGAGCAAGAACGUGAUGAGCUAAAUGUGCCGGAUUCAGGAGGAAAGUAUGCCACGGUGCAGCACCGGGUGGGACGGAGCAACUCAAUGAAAGGGCAGGCGGACAAGAAUGUCAACCGAAGCCAGUCCUUCGCACUCAGACAGAAGAAAAAAGGCCCACCUCCACCUCCUCCCAAACGCUCAAGUUCGGCCAUCUCAAGCUCCAGCAGUAAUCUGACAGAAGUGCCCAAGGAGACAAGUAGCGGACCUUUACUGGAGGUUCCCUACCAACCACAAAGACGUGCUAGUGAUCUCGGUGGCACUGUGGAUACGGGCAGUGCGGGUAGUGUGAGGAGCAUUGCGGCCAUGUUGGAAAUGUCCUCCAUUGGUGGGGGUACCAAAGGCCUGGCUUUGCAGAAAUCUACAGGUCACUAUCUGCAGGUGGGUGGCACUGGAGGAAAGCAGCGAGAUGCCAUUGGAUUGGAUGGUGAAGUAGUGAAUCGCCGCAGAACUAUUAGUGGCCCUGUUACCGAGUUGGUAGCAGCGGCCAAGCGAGGAUCACAUCCCAGGCCAGAGCCAGUCCAGCAUAGGUCGCUUACUGAAACCCAACCAAGCUCCAGUGAGAGCUCAGCAGAAAACCUUGCAUUUGCUGAGGAUGGAAACCUCACCAUCAAACAAAGACCCAGGCAGGGCAAGGAUGAGACCGAGGAGGUUCCAGACACGCAAUACUCAGCACCCCAGGAGCAGAUUUCACGUGUGGAUGCCACAGCCUCGUUGAAAAGGGAAGUCCAGAGCACCAAGCAACAACCAAAUGGCACCAAGUUUCACCUUACAGAGUCAAAUACAGUUAAGCGCCGCCCCAAGAGCAAAGACAAAGAAGGAGAGGAACUUCAAGAUGGACAGAUGCCUGUACCCUAUGAGAAUGGGACUGGCACCAUUAAGAGGCGUCCUGUGUCCGAGACAACUGUUUCAGAGCAGCCCAGACCACAGGAACAUCCUGAAAACUCGCCUCGUCGGGAUAGUGCAGACCUGGACGGCAACGUCACUGACACUGCCCCGCGCAAGACUGUCAAACCCCCGGUGUCUCCCAAGCCCGUUCUGGCCCAGCACAUGAAGAAACAAGGACCACCGGCUGCCAUCACCAAGAAAGCCCCAUUUCCCGGGCCCACCGGGGCACCUGGCAGCCCAGGUACUACACAGUGCGGCCCAUUCACUUGCCCUGUCUUUACACAAUUAUGUGAGUAUCCGAAAAAAACUUGUAGCGAUUUGACCAUGUCGGAUCAAAGUCCGCUCAGUCAGUCUCUGUUCCCAUCUCUUUUCUCUCUAUGUGCAGUUGAAGGAAAGAAAGUACCUCCUCCGGUUUCACCGAAACCUACGCCGCCUCCUACGGCUCCCAAACCAUCCAAAAUUGUUCUGCAUUCUUUGAAUGCAACACCUAACCCCGCUCCCACACCCCCUCCAACCAAGCCCACAGUCACCAGAGUGGCCAGCACAGCUUCUGGCCAGACCAACAACCCUGUCAAGGCUACAACCCCACCGGCCCAGAGCCCUCACACACCCCAGACUGCACAUACCCCACAGACACCCCUGACACCCCAAACCCCACAGACGCCCCAAACUCCCCAGACACCAGGUCCUCCUACACCAAUCCCCACACCUCCACCUGUAAAACCCCCUCGCUCUUCAAUCAGUGGAGUGUCCAUGGACAAUUCAGCUGUAUCAGGAUUUGUGGCUGGGGUGAUGACAGCAGAUGCGGUGCAUCAGAAGAUAGAGGAGACCAAUGCCUCACUGGCUGCGGCUCUGCAGGCCGUGGAGGAGAAGAUCAAGGAGGAUGGACGGAAAGACUCAAUGGGUGAAAACAAGAGCACAGUGAGCAUACUAGACGACAUCGGCAGCAUGUUCGAUGACCUGGCCGAUCAGCUGGAUGCCAUGUUGGAGUGAAGAGCACAGCCUGUGUCUCUGUGACACAACCUCAGGGCCCCGGGAGAGCACAAGGGCACAAUGACCAACCACAAACUCCUUUUCCUGCUCCUCAUCCUAUGCUCCUCUCAUCUCUUAUUUUCCCAGCUCCUUUCCCUUCGUUGUAAAACACCUAUCUCUCCUCUCUUCCCCCCGAGUUGGUUUGCACAAACCCUAGCUGAUGUACCUCAGGACAGGGCAGAAGGCCAUCCAGGGCUUUAGACGUCCAAGACAGAGCAGCGGUGGAGAGGCAGAGGCUGGGUUUUAAAACUCAACUGUCUGUUCUUUUCUAUUCAGAGUCCUUGGAAUAUCUCAAUCUACCACGAGCAAUGACUAGUAAAAUAAUAUGAAAACAAUAAUAACUGUAUAUGAAAAAAUAGUAUGGUAUGUGUACAUUGUAAGCAUGAGGAAAGUUUGUAUCUAUAUAGAAAAAAAUCUCAUAGAGAGAGUCAUGCAUUAGUGCAGUUCUAUAAAUAUAUAUAUAUAAAUAUAAAUAUUUUAUGUUUUUAUUUCAUGUUCAAUGGUACAUACAGUGUUGAAACAUUAAGAAAUCUAUAAACUUUGAGGACAGAUAUGUGGAUUUUUUUAAAAAUAUAAUGGAGAUUAAAAAAUAAUAAUACUUAUAAUAAGGCUGGCAUAAACAUCCUGUAUGUUUGGCUGUGUUGUAUGUAGUGACUGAAGCGGCUGUUAGACCCCCUGCUCUGUGCUUGCUCUCUCUGGGCUGUGCUGUGACCCUUUCCCAUUUUUCUUUCUGCCUGUGUGAACUCAUACAUUCCUGUUCCCGCACAGCCGUUCCGCUUUACCUCCCCUCUCUCUCCUCAUUCAGUCAUCAUGUGCAGUGUCCCGUGUGCCUUAAUGUUAAAGGUGACCUCAGUGCUGCUAACACACAAGCAAACAUAGCUCGAGCCGAGGCGGGCCCGUGUCUGUGUGAGAGGAGUUGACUUGAAGCCAGUGGGAUGGGCCUGUAUGCUCUGAUAUUGCGGGUAGAAAUGACCUCAUCUUUGGACACCUUCAUACCUCGGCCACCUGGUGCAGGGCAGUACAGGCUUUUGUAGACCGGUGGCCUCAAAGUUACUGAAAAGAAACGUUCUUCAGUCGAGGUCCAGUGAACAAAGAGGGCUUUUAGAAGGUGGGACAUUAGAGAAAGCACAAAAUGAGAAAGUGUAAAAAUGUGUGAACGUGAGUGAUUGUGCAGAGCAAAAGUGCCAUUGUAUUGAAUUUGGGCAAUUCCAUGCAAAUGUCAAGCUUAAAAUGACAAAAUCAAGUCUUUACCAAAGGGUAAAAGGGUAUUAUUGCUUCUGGUUUGUACAUUUAAAUUCAAAGAAAAUCUACAGAGUACGAUGUCUCUCAAAAUUGUGCAACCUAAAAUAGAAAACUUGUGCAAAGACUGAUAUUUUUCUGAUGUCUGGAAAAUAUGUCAUCUGGGUUUUAGUAAAAUAUAUAAACAGAUGGUUUAAUAUAUUGGUAAUGAAUACAUUUUGUCAAAAUUUAUAUUGCAAAUCUUCACUGAAAAUGGCACAUCCAUAACGCUGGAAUUGUCCAUUUCAUAAUGGCUGCGAUUUGAUCAUAGACAAAAGACUGCGAUAUUGCUUUUAUACAACAGUUCUGUAAACAAUACUUUAUUAUUGAUUUACAUAUUAGAUGAAAUUUGGCCAGUUGGUUUGGAUAUUUUUCUGCACCAAAGUCAAGGCAUCGGGAAACACUUUUGGGGAUGAGGACUGUUGCAUAAAACAGGAAUAUGAUAGAAAAAUGCAUGAAAGUGUUAAGGAUUUUGCAAAGGCUGUGCUCAGCAUUUUAUCCUACCCGUGGGAUCUUUGCGUAAGGGUCUGUGUGCUUGGACAGGUGUAGUUCCAUUGGAAGCCUGCAUGCAGUCUGACGUCAGCACAUUGCUCAGUGGCUGUUUAAGGGUGUGAAUGUACCACGGUGUGCCUGCUUUGUAUUGCAUUCCCCCGGUAUCGUUCAGACUAACAUUUCCUUAAUGACCAAAGCAAGAAAAUGAGUCUAAGACGCAACUAAGCUUGGGUAUGUUAUCCAUCACUUAUUCUAAAAACAGCAGUACAGUAUCUAGGCUAAACAAAGUCAGAGAAUCCCAUUAACGUAGAUGGACUUAUUGAGGGUAGACUAAACAUUGCGUUUUUAGUCUGGAGAACAUUAAAUGUUUGGUCUCUGUGGACAUGCACCAUGAUUUUGUUACCAUGCUCUUUAUUGUUAUGACAGCACUGGUCACAACCAUUUCACUCGCAAGUCUCUCUGAAUGUCAUUAUCUCAUUGCCAGCGAAAUCACAGUUUCUCAGUAUUCUGCUAACCAUCUUUAAUGUUGCCAUGACAAUCUGCAAAAAUGUAAAUGAUGGUCCUGUAAUGGUUUGCGGAAUUAAAGAAUGAGAAAGGGCCCAAAAGGGAGACGCAAACGAUUUGAAGAAAAACGGCAGCGUCUGGGACCCAUACACCUGCAGUAGCUACACAUGCUUAAUCCCUUCAGAAAGAUUUGUUUUUGUAAUAUUUAAGUUAUGAACAGAAGUUAUUAUAGAUGUUUUCAAGUAUUUAAUGAUGCGGCAUCAAAUAUGAAAUGAUGAAACUGCAAAUAUUUAAGAUAAGAGUUUAAAGUGUCUUCUGGACUCAAAGUGUUUAAAUGAAUUGUAAAUGGUCAUUUUAGAACUCUUUUUUUUUAAGAUAGCUUUUUGUGACAAGUUUUUGACUGCCAUGUCUUCAGAUGAAAUGAGUUGUAUAUUAUGCAAUGUUGUUUUUUUAAACAUGUAUGUGCCUUGCGUUAUUCUUUUCAUUUUGUCCUGAAGUCUCAUGUGUUUAAAUGCUGUCUAGAUGAGAUGUGGUCUCUCAGCUUUGUCCACCAGAUGUUCACAAUUAUAUUCUUCUUUUUUGUUGUUGUGGUCUGCUCCGUGGACAGAGCGCAGAUGUCAGGCAUGGCUUUUAUAAAAGCUUUAUCAAGCCCACUGCUUCAAAGGACUGGGUCUGUAUCCAGUGUUAACAACCUGUCCUUUUCUUCUGUUGUAUAUAGCUGGAUGUUUGUUACCAUGAACUUGAUUUCUUCACAUUUCUCAUUCCCAGU